AUGGUGCUUGGGGGGGAUUUCAAUGAGAUCAGAGUUAUUGGGGAAAGGGAGGGCUGCUCUGGAAGGGAAAAGGGGAUGAAGGAACUAAAUGCAUUCAUUGAUAAAUGUGAGUUGAAUGAUAUACCAUUGCUUGGAAGGAAGUACACAUGGUGUAAUGCUCAGGAGGGGGAGAAAUGGAGUAGGAUUGACAGGGUCCUGUUAAAUCCUGAGUGGUUGCAAAGCUUUAACUUCAAGCUAUGGGGUCUUCCUAGAACUUUCUCUGAUCACUGCCCACUCUUGUUAAUGGAAGAUGAGAGGGAUUGGGGGCCAAGACCCUUCAGGUUCAUUAAUGCAUGGAUUAUGCACCCUUGUUUCCUCUCUGUUAUGGAAAAAUUCUGGACUGAAAAAAGGAUUACUGGGGCUACAAAAUUAAAGGAGGCAGAGGUAGAGCUGCAUGGCAUCGACAUUACUGCAGAAGACAGAACUUUGUCUGAAUCUGAAAAGAAUAGAAGAAGGGAGGUGACAGGGGAGGUAUGGAAGCUUAGUAGGAUGCUGGAAAGGAUUUGGCAUCAGAAGUCUAGAGUAAACUGGAUCUUGAACGGGGACAGGAAUACUAAGUUUUUCCAUGUUAUGGCUAGUAGCAAAAGGAAUAGAAAUUCAAUCAAUUCCAUCUCAAUUGAUAGAGUUGUUAUGAAGGAGCCAGUGACUGUACGACUUGCAGUCUUACAACACUUUAGGAGGCAGUUCACUGAAAGCUGGCAAUUAGACCAACUCUGGGAGGCACCUUUAAGUCAGUUGCAGCUAGUGACGCAUUUUCUGACCUGGAAGCUGCUUUCUCUGCAUGUGAAGUAA